GCAAGGAAGAGGCGGCGCGAGGAAUGCUUUUGGAUAGUUGAUACACACUACCCUGGACAUUUGUGAUAUUUUAAUACUUUGAGCAGGUCUUUUAGGUCAGGAAGGGUUUUUCUCAUAAUGAAGUGCUCUUUUGGACUUUUUUUAGUGGUCUGUUGUGUGACUCUUAGCUUGGGCGUUAAGCAUUAUGGAAUGCGAUUCUCCUCUGCAGGAUCGUCUCUCCGAUGCUACAAGUGUGAGGAUUACUUUGGUGGCCAAUGCAAAGUACAUCAAGAAUGCUCGUAUGAGGAUGCAUGUUUAUAUCUCUAUGAGAAAGGUGGGAAGACUGUUCGCAAGUGUAUUCGAUACACCGACUGUGACAACUCCCGACUAUCCCAGCAGUUCCCGGCAAUAUCAGAGUACACUUACAGGUGCUGCCACACGGACCUGUGUAACAGCAGUCCGGCGACCACAGCGGGCGCCUCGUUUCUGUCCCUGCUGACGGCGCUGACCGGCCUUUGGUGGAGCUGCUUUGCUGCAUGAGAGUUAUUUUGCAAAUUUGAUCUCAGGCCACGUCCAAACUAGUCCGUUUUCACAUUCCCAAUGUCAUUGUUUUUCAAAGUAGGUGUUAAAAGAGAGCGUUUUCGAAACACUCAAUUUUCGGCAGCAGAAAAUUCUGUUUCAGUGUGGUGUGGAUGAGAGGCGCAAACGUAGCGAAAUUAGUGCGAAAACGUAUUAGUGUGGAUGUGGCCUCAGCCAAAACAUAAGUUCACUCUCUAGAAUGUCAGCUGUUUGUUGUUGUAAACCUUAUGGAUAUAGGUUAUAGACCUUUUUCAGAGUAGUGCUAUAUAUUUGCACCCAGUUGUAAAUAGCACCUGCCACACAGCGCAUCUUUUUGCACCACAACCGUCUAGUGGAUACAUAGAAAUUUAUGACAAAUUGCUUUGUAACCAUCUCUGCAGUGGGGUGGGACAUAAUGCCGGUGCAAAAGUGCUGCAAAUGUGCCUUUUCAAGCAGGCGACCCUGGUUCCAAUCCCCCUUUGUCCCACUAUUUUUUCUAUUCUGUUUCCUGUCUUCAUUGUUAAUAUUUUCUUUAAUACUACUUUUAAUAAAUAAAAAAUGAAUAUAAAGAUAGUUUUACUAUAGUAAUAUUGUAGUAACCAUGUUUUUUGGCAGAAACCAUAGAUUUGAUGCAAUUAACUAUGGUGUUAUUACAGUAAUAUGGUGUUAAUAUAGUAACCAUGUUUAAUUUUGUAUGAUUACUAUAUUAACAGUGUGUCUAUUGUGUUAUUUAGAAUCCCACAGACACUC